AUCAAAUACUCACCGCUAUUAACUGAGGGUCAGUUACGUGUUAGGUGCUCAGCUACUCUGGGGGCACCGAGCACACAGGGUCCCUGUCUCGUUCAAGGCUGGGGGCUCCCUCCAGCCUGGAUCUGCAACUCUGUCUGGGCCUCUGAACUGUCACAGUUGAGUCACCCCAGGAUUGAAGGAAAACUUUGAGAGAAUAAGGCAGAGUUUGUCGCCUUGGUGCACUUUGCCAAACGUGUGUGUUUAAGAGCGAUUUGGAUCCAGCCAACCCUUCACCUUCUUGGAAUAAAUAUCUGGGCCGCCAGGUCAGUCGGUAACAGACGCCCCCGCUGGUGGGCCAGGGCGCAUGCCUGCCCGGGACUGCGCCUCUGGACGGGUCGGGGUUGUGAGCACCUGGUUAAACUGCCUUGAAAACGUAACUUCUCGGUCCUCAGAGCAGAAGCUGAGUCGAGCUGGUUGACCUGUGCCUACUUGCGUUGGUGUGAGUCAUGAGAAGUGAGGAGCCGUGUAUCCCGAGGAAGGAGAGGAAUCUGAGUCAACGCGAAUCCCUCCCAGUGGCCAGGACAGUGCCUUAGGCAGCCUGUUGCUCAAUGCAUAGUUGUUGACCCAAUAUCCAAUUAACCGGAGAUCGGUAUCUGCAGAGAAAGUGUCUUUUCCACUCGUCAGAGGCCGUGUGUGUGUGUGUGUGUGUGUGUGUGUGUGUGUGUGUGUGAGAGAGAGAGAGAGAGAGAGAGAGAGAGAGAGAGAGAGAGAGAGAGAGACUGCCUGAAGUUUGGAACCUUUGCCUGCUCCUCCGCUGGCCCUGCUGGUGGUUUCCCCUGCUCACAUCUGGCAAGUGCCGCUGGCCCCGGCGCCAGAGAAGAUCCUCUGGACCAGCUGCAGUCCGGAGCAAUCUCGAGAUAACAGAUGGAUGCUCCCUGUUUGGAAAUAGGAGCUUGAGUGAAGAAUCGAGAAGGCCAGUCUUGGUCCACGCGCACGGCCCCAGAGAAUCUAGCAGAGAGGCUGACACUGUUGUGAGGAGCCGCUCACAGCGCUGUCCUCCCCUCAAGCCACAGGAUGGAGCCUCCACUUGGGACUCAGCAGGGAGCCAUGCAACCCCUGGUCGCGGACAACCUCGAAGCCUGCCUGCUGGAUAAGGUGGACCAGAGGCGCCAGCGGGUGUCCCAGAUGGUGGAGGAGGUGCAGAAGGUCAUCUACCACCUGACCACAGAAAUCAGCAACCAGGACAUCCGCUUUCAGGCCAUCCCGUACUCCUUGAUGUACAACGGGAACAUCACGGUGUUGUCCCCCAGCCAGUUCCUCGUCACAGUCCCAGUGAGAGGCCUGUCCGGGUACCGGGAGGCCAGGGAGCAGCGCUGGCGGUACUACACGCUGCAGGGCGCCAGGCUCACCUGCCCCCAGCGGAGCCCCGAGGGCCUGCAGCAGUGGCUGGAGGUGCAGCAGUUCACGAAGAACCUGUGGCAGUGGCACAAGGCAGACGUGAGCAUCGAGGAGGACAUUGUGCCCGCCAAGGUGCUCCAGGUGUUCCGGAAACUGGUGGAAAACGCCAUCGAAACCUGUCACCUGUCAGGAAAGGUCAGCAUGCUCACCACCGGCAUCACAGUCCAUGUUGCCAUGGAAACAUCCAAAGGGCAGGUGGAGAUCGAGCUGGCCCCCGAAGUGGAGAUCCCCACCGCCUGGUCCAAGAAAGCCCCGUGGCCUCGGUGUCUGUCGCGCUGGCCCUCCUCCGACAGGGCGAAGUGCGUCAAGGUACCGUCGUUUGGAUUCUCCCUGUUGGCCCGUUGGCAUUAUCACUGGCAGCUGAGCUUCCUGCAGGCCGAGCGGGUGCUGCUGGAGCACCUGGACGAGGACGGGGGCUGCCGCCGGCGCUGCUUCCAGGCCCUGCGGCAGAUGAAGGAGGACGUCUGGUGUCCAGGGCGGAGGCCUGUGAUCACGUCCCACCACCUGCAGACAGUGCUCUUCUGGACUUGCGAGAAGUAUCCCCACGCCAAGGACUGGGGGGCCUUCAGCAAAGGGCUCCUGCGCCUGGCGAGGAAGCUGCACAAGUGCGUGCGCCAGCGCUUCCUGAAGCACUUCUUCGUGCGCAGCGGCAACCUCCUGCAGCACGCCACCGCCGCCGAGCUGGACGCCGUGGCCCAGAGGCUGGCCCUCUUCCUGCAGGACCCCGGGCCCUCCUGUGGGCUCCUGACCUUCUGCUCCGGCUCUAGCUCUGUGGAUGGGUGCAGGCAGGUGCCAGGUUCCUGCCCAGGAGGACAGCGCCGGGCGGUGAAGGGAGUCCUGCCGACCAGUAGCACCUCAGAGGCCUGACCAGGCCUCCCUGGGCCACGCAAGCCCUGGCCCUCGCCAUCGCUAGCUACCUCUCUGGGGGACAGCUCUCAUCCAGCUGCCCCGAGCAAACUGAUGACAGUUCUGAGCCUGUUUCCCUUGCUCAGAUGCGGAUGGUCCGACGGGGAGGAUGGAGACAGAGCCCCUGGAAGCCAGGCAUCAGCCUGCUGCCCAGCCCUGGUCCCCCAGCCCGCCGGCCACGGGUGCAUUGUUUCCAUCUGUGAAAUGGGACUGUGACUGUGCCUCCCUGAGGGCGGGGCCGAGAGCCCACGGACUGGGCGGUGCCCUUCGAGGAGGAAGGCAUUGGAUCAGCACUCCGUGCUGCUGUUGGUUUAUGGCCGGCGUUCGCAUCCCGGAUGAGUACCUGACCGCUGAUUAAAUGAUUGCGUCUGUUGCGUUGGCCUGCGCGUGUUUCCCGCCAGCUCUCCUGUGGUUCCGUCUGUCUCGCUGGUGGUCACCCGGCAGAGAAAGAGAGGUUUCGAUGACAGGUGUCAGUCAGAGGUGAAAGGGCCGAUCUGUCUGCCUCCUGGAUCCCAGCCACUGGCCUCUCCUUGCGUCCCACGCCGUGGGUCAGGGAUGGGCCUGCCGUGUGUUGAUGAAGGAACCUGGUACGGCGAUCUGCAUGGAAUGGCUCGGGUGCUGCUCACCUCUCAGCACCUUCCUUUGCUCUCGUCAUUCACUCCCUCAUUCAUUGAUACAUAUGUGCUCCUUAGGCGUGGGGAACGCGGCAAAGGGCAAGAUGGACCAGGCUCACCCGAUGGGUGAUGCCUAGUGGUGGAGACAGGACAUGAACAGUGAGAUCAAUAAACGCGUUAUUAUAAAUUAGAGCGAGUGCCACGGAGGAAAUAAACAGGAAACUGCAAUAGAGCCACAGAGAGAGCCAGAGGAUAAAGAUGCAGGCACUGGCGGGGAAGGAGAGGGAGCCGAGUGCAGGCGUGGAGGGGCCGCAGGGUCAGAUCCCCUGGCCUGGGACGCCGGUAAGGAAUUUGUACUUUGUUGUAAAGUCGAAGGCGAGGCAUUUGGCCUCUCCUGGCAUCGUGAUGCGAUUUGCAUUUUAAGUUCCUUUUCUAGCAUCUGCAUAGAGAGGGUGCGGGGCUCGCCCUGGCGUUGGGCAGGGAGGGCUCUCCAGCCCCACAUUUUGAACCUCACUGAGGUCCCGAGGCCACCCACCCUGUGCAGCACGUCGGCCGGGAGUUCUAGUUCUUGGUGAGGCCAGUGGUUUCUCCUGGCAUUUAUGUACUGCUUCUCAGGUCAAGGGAACCCUUUACCACCUAGAACGUUUUCCCCAAAUAUAUAACAGUGACAUUCCUAUAAGCAUGAACUGCUGCCUUUUUAAAAAGGAAAGUCACAUUUGAAAAGGAAAACGAUUAUUUUUACAAAAAUACUGUAACCAAACGGUGGGGUCCCUGGGCCAUCACUUGGGAAACGGUGGUUUCAGAAUGAUGGAGGGAGAUCUUUCGAAGCAUAAGUUAAUAAUUUUGACAACACGAACUGACGAGCAGACCAGUGUUUUGCUAAAUCAUCCAGACUUGCAUUCAAAUUCUCCUAUUCUUAGAUCUUGGGAAACAUGUUUGAGAAGGUAGCAGACAGAUAUAGCAAGUUUUAAAAAUGUUAAUGAUGAAAACAGCUGAAGCAAGUUUCGAAUCAGCUCUGCAGUCUCACAGAACACAAAAGGUGUACGUCGCCUGUACCACUGAUUCAGAUGUGUUUGGAGAGGGUGGGCCUGGCACACUGCGCCCGGGCUGCUUCCGGUAGAUUCUUCCCACCUUUCCCUGUGGAUUUGGUUUCUGGAGGAAGGAGGGCUGUCAGUAGAUUGCAGAGAGUUCCAACUGCUGGCCAGCAGAGGGCAGGCGGGGACCACACAUGAAGGAGCCGGGUUCCCACCCAGCACCCUUUCAGCCAGCAGGCGUCACCCUCCUCGGCCCUCGUUCUCCAGAAAGGGAGCCAGGGAUAGAGGAUUCAAAAUUGUUUGCUGAUGCAAAAUUGUUUACCUUUCCGGCCAUUUUGGCUAAAAUUCACAGUCUUUCUGCUUAAAGCUCAGAUUUACAAAGGGAGCCUGUGCAAGUAUAGUCCAUCGUGGGGAUUCUGGAAUAUUCUGCUCAUAGUUCUGAAAAGUCCGAUAAUAUUACUCCUUUAUUCUGGUCA